ACGCUCACACACACACACAGUCAGUCAGUCAGUCAGCGCGCAUUGGCACAGAAAUAUGUUCCCGAGAAGAGCCGCUGCUGCGCUCCGACACUCCGACACAACAAUUCCACUACGACUCAUUUCAAUUUAAAAUCACACACCAUCAUAGCCGGAGUCUUCAACUAGUCCCCCUCUCUCUAUCUCUCUGUGUGUCUAUCUCUCCUCAUUCUGUGUUCCUUUUUUUUCUGCGCUGGAUCUUUCGUGUCAGAAGAUGUGCGUGGAGAGCGAUGGAUGCGAGAUCGAAGGCUGCAGCAGUUCGGACGAGGUGCGCACGCUGUCGGGCAGCAUGAGCCCCGGACUGAAAUCGAACCCGGACCUUCACCCGUGCAAACCCGGCCACAAAUUCCGCGCGGCGCUGCUCAGAUGCCGCUCACCGACUGCCGCCGCCGUGAUCCUCAGCUUUGGGAACAUCCUCAAUUACCUGGACAGAUACACUGUAGUCGGUGUCCUGCUCGACAUUCAGCGGCACUACGACGUGUCAGACAGUGGGAUGGGCUUGUUGCAAACAGUUUUCAUCUGCAGCUUCAUGGUAGCAGCUCCCAUCUUUGGUUACCUGGGCGACCGCUUCAACAGAAAGGUCAUCCUGAGCUGUGGCAUUUUCUUCUGGUCCAUUGUGACAUUGUUGAGCUCCUUCAUCAGUAAAGAGUACUACUGGCUGUUUGUGCUCUCCAGGGGACUGGUGGGCAUCGGCGAGUCCAGCUACUCAUCCAUCUCUCCCACCAUCAUCGGAGACCUGUUCACGAAUAACAGCCGCACCAUGAUGCUGUCUGUCUUCUACCUGGCCAUCCCUCUAGGAAGUGGGUUGGGUUACAUCCUGGGAUCCAGUGCCAAGGUAGCUGCAGGAGACUGGCAUUGGUCACUGAGGGUAUCCCCACUAUUAGGGAUCACGGCAGGAACUUUGAUCCUGCUCUUCGUGCCUGAGCCGAAGCGAGGCAGUGCUGAUCAGAUGGGAGGACGCAUCAAGCACCGCACCUCCUGGCUCUGUGACAUGAAGGCACUUGCCAAGAAUCGGAGCUAUGUGUUCUCCUCCUUGGCAUCAUCAGCGGUGUCCUUUGCCACAGGUGCGUUUGGCAUGUGGAUCCCUGUAUACCUGGCUCGAGCCCAGGUGGUGCAGAAGACGGCCGAGCCGUGCACAAAAGAGAUCUGCAGUAGCACGGACAGUCUCAUCUUUGGGGCGAUCACCUGUGUGACCGGGCUGUUAGGUGUGGUGAUCGGGGCGGCUACCACGCGCCUGUGUCGCCAGAAGACUGAACGAGCCGACCCGCUGGUGUGUGCGGUCAGCAUGCUGGGCUCAGCCAUUUUCAUCUGCCUCAUCUUUGUGGUGGCUAAGAAGAGCAUCGAAGGAGCUUACGUUUGCAUCUUUAUAGGAGAGACGCUGCUUUUCCUCAACUGGGCAAUAACGGCAGAUAUUUUAAUGUUUGUUGUUAUUCCCACACGGAGAGCGACAGCCGUCGCCUUUCAGAGUUUCACCUCACAUCUCCUGGGUGACGCAGGGAGCCCGUACCUGAUAGGCCUGAUCUCCGACGGCCUCCAGCAGAGAUAUGCAACGUCAGCACUGUGGCAGUUCCUCAGUUUGGGUUAUGCCCUCAUGCUCUGCCCCUUUAUCAUCGUCCUGGGGGGCAUGUUUUUCCUGGCCACUGCCCUGUUUUUCCUGGACGACAGAGAGAAGGCCGAGAAACAGUUAAGCCAGCUGACACGACCACCGUCCUCAGUCAAGGUAUGACCAGGUGACAGCCACAUGAGCAGCCGCCAUCUGAAGGAGCAACUAAACAAACUUAAUGAGCACGACGGAGACAGUGGAGAUAAAUAAUUAAAAAAAACAAGUGAGGGCAGCUGAUCCACCUCUUUAAAACAACAACAGUGAUGUCACCUUCCCUGUUAUCCCCACCACACUCAUCAUCAUCAUCAUCAUCAUCCUGACUCCUGCUGCUCUUCCUUUCUACACAUAGAGCUGUACAGAGGGGGGCGUCUUGCCCCUUCUGGACCCGCCUCUAAAUCACAGGAGACACUUGACCAACAGUUGGUUGCUCCUUCUCACUUUCUGUCUGUGAAGAUCCAUGGAACCUUCUUGGGGGAAGGUUGGGUGGGGGAAAAAAAAAAAAGAUCCCCUUCGACUCCUGUCCUGAUGCCAUACUACUGAAUGCUGAUCAUGAACCUGCCUUGUCUGCCUGCCUGUCUGUCUCUCUGUCUGUCUGUCGGUAUGUCUGUCUGUUACAUGGGCUGUUGAUCUGCACCAAGUGCCGUAGUGUCAUUACAUUCCUUCAGACUUUGCACUGACCACCAACGACCCUCAUGACUUCAUCGCUGUUUACGUUUACAUGCACAAUGUAGUUCAGCUUUUUACAUCUAAAUUAGUAAUUAAGUUUUUUAAUGGAUCAUAACAUUUGUUCUGCUGAGGUUUUAAAACUUUAAGUACCUAAAAUUCACAUUAUGGGGCAAGUUCUUAAUGUGUGCUGCAGAAUUAAGAAUUCUCAUUUACCCUGUACAGCUUUAUUUGUUCAGUAUUAACAAUAUGAACUUCACGCGCAAAUGCAGGGUUUACAUGACAAAUCAGUAUUUUAUCCAGCAAACUGUCACUGUGCAUGUAAAUGUAGCCAUCAAUCAAGAGCCAAAAAAAGUGUUACUGUCUAAAGGUCAGUCAAUCAGCCUUAAAAAAAAUUGGAGCUAUCACAUCAACAGCCGUUUCCUUUGACCCUCGUACGUGUUUUCAGAUUUAUCUUUUAGCACUUAAACUUUGUGUAGACGGUGCCAGAGAACAUGACAGAGAUCAGAUAUUUCUGCACAUUUUUUUAAUUUUGUAUUUUCUUCUUUUCUGUUUAAUGAAACUGGAAGCUAUUGUUUAUGAUUGUUUCGGACGGAGGACGAAGCAAUCUAUUUAAAUCAGACACUGGAUUAUAUAUUUUAUCAUUUAUAAUGUAUGCUGUAUGUUUGUUUGUUUGUUUUUUUCAAAAGUACACAGAAUGCUACUCUUGUGGCUUUUAAAGGAGUAAUACCUGUGUACAUAAGAAGCUAUGGGUUUGUUUGGUUUUUUUGCAAACCAACCAUUUUUAUCCACACUGCCUUAUCAGUGAGCUGGGUUUCCCUUGGAAGGGGGGUCACUCACUGAUGGUUGGUUUUGAAUUUCUGGACACAACACCCUCACAGAGACAGAGUCACUUUAAAUAGUGGAUUCCAGUCCAGUCAGCGCUGGUUACAAUAACAGGCAUUGUGAAAAGAAAUCUUCCCUCCUCGCGAUUGUACAUAUCCCAUUGCACGAUGAGUAGAAAAGAAAUCUUUGUCAAGCGCUUGGGUACCAGUCAUUGGUUUAUUAGCGAUGGAAAUCGCAAUCCCAGACAGGAACAGGAAAUCCCUUAGCCCCAGGUUUGACUGAAGGCGGCCUCUUAUCACUGAUAAUGGAUAAGUAAGGAAUCCCCUCUUUGAAAGCAGACCACCAUGUCCUCAGAUGUCACUGCGGGAGCUGAGUCCCCACUAAUUACUGCACCAGGAAUUGACGUAGAGAAAUAAAUGGACACAGUUGACAGAAAAUUUGGAUUUGAUUUUAUUACUCUAUGCAUUAAUAACAUGAUAUUACAUGUAAAUAUUAUGCAAAUUAAAUAAGAUCCAAGGACAGGGUUUCUGAUAGUUUCCUGCUCAUUUUAAGCAGUAGGUAGCUCUAUUGGAAACUACUUUGAUGGAUCUUUUUUUUUUUAAGUGUACUACGUGGUGGAUACAAUUUUACUGAAGUCAAAGGUGUUGAAAGUUGUGUAUAAAGGGAAAAAAAGCAGACUUUAAGAAAACACACUAGGAGUAGGAGGAGGAGGUGGAGAGGGAUAGGCUGACCUCAGCAGAGGAAUAAAGACAGACAUCGGGGUGUUUCUUGUAGCAUUGAUGUGCGAGCAUGACUCACUGGCUGUGAGUGGGGUGCUGUGUGGGCUGUGUCCUUGUUGCCAGAGCAUUAGCUUUAGUUUCUCUCCAACUGUGUGGAGCUUUCUGAAUGUGAUUGUGUCCAAGGUGAUGUGUUUACACACCUACAUCCUCUUAAUGAACUAAGCUUCUUACCUUCCUUUUAUUGUUUUUACUUUUUCUGUUUUUUUAAUGUUACCAAAUGAGUUUUUGUAAUAACUACAACCGAUAUAUAUAUAUAUAUAUAUAGCUAUAUCAUGCAGCAACUUUUAAUAUAUUGUAAAUGAUGGCUUGGAUGCAAUGUAUUUAUUUGUUACAUAAUGAAGAAUAAUCUUUAAAGGGAAGUUUUAAGGUUUGAGUAUACUACACUUUGUUGUACAUCCUUGGGUUUAGAAUGUUUAGAAGUGUUUGUUCAUCCUUUUGUAUCACGAUGAACCAACACAAUACCUUUCUACAGUCACAUCCUGUUUACUGUGAUCAUAAAUUGGACAUACGUCACACCUAUUUCUCACAUAGAACUGCAACGUGAUGUUUUUAAGAUAACAUAAUGAGUGUCAUUGUUAGGCUGCGAUAAGUGGCAUUCACUUUUGAAGCUCUUGUAUUUUUCUUUUCUUUUCUUUUUUGAAGAAGAACUGAGUGAAUCAUUUUGCACACUUCACAUUCAGGGAUUUAUUUGAACCAUAGGCUAGCAUCAAACUUCAAAGCCUCGACCACAGAGGUUUGUCACAUCAUGCUUAACAUCAGAAGAAAUGUUGGCUCUGGUCAGAUGGGUCACGAAUUGUGUUUCACUUUGCCAAAUUUAUUUGAUUUAGCAUCAAUCCUGUAGGAAUUUAAGUCCAUUGUAUUGAUUAAUUCUAUGUUAAUAAUCACUGACGUGAUGUUGAGAGUAUAUGCUAUUUCUUGUUAUACAAGAAUUGUUGUAUAAAUAAACCUAUUUCUGAUGUUGAACAGAAAACAGAGGUUAUUUUUAUUUUUUAGAGCAAGUCAGUACAAGAGAUGUGUCAGAGAAAUCAAAGGAUAUUAUUCUAGAACUGAACUGUGAUGCUCCCUCUGGGGGGGUGGAUAGAAAAUGCACAUGUCUGUAAAUCAAAUAAACAUAUUUAAUCACUUCAUACCA